AUGAAAGCUUUUGCAGGAAUUCUCAUGGGAUAUUUUAUCUUUGACUCUAUUAUGGCUGCUCCUACAAUGAGUUCUGUAACUGAUGUUUCCGAAACAUAUGAAUUUGAAGACCUGGAAAACUUACAUGACCAUGAUGAAGAACUUUACAUUGAUCAAGAACAGGAUAUGAUUGACUUGUACCAUCUUUACAUCACUAGUAAUAAUUUGGAUCACAUACCAGUUCCACUCCCUGAAAGUCUCCAAUCGCUUCGUCUGCAAAAUUGUGAAUUCUUUAUUGCAGUAAAACAGUAA